AUGCGUGUGCGUCCUUCUCGGUUAGUUCGACCAUCUUUAAUCUCCCUACUAUUCCUACUUUGUAUCGCUAUUAUAUAUAAUAAAUAUUUGGAUAAAGCGCUAUCUGGACCUCAUUCUAUAAGCCAACUUAUCCGGAAUCAAGAUUUUGCAAGUGUACACAAUGUAAAGCCAUUUAAAAUAGACUGGGAAAACUACUCGCUUACUGCACUUGAAAGUUCGAGAGUGGGACCUGGAGAGAACGGCAUGGCUUUCGAACUAUCCCCUCUCGAUAGAGAACUAUCCAAUAAAACUAUAAAUGAGAACGGUUUUAGUGUGUAUGUUAGUGGGAAAAUCAAAACAGAUAGAUCUAUUAAAGAUCUCCGCCAUCCACGUUGUAAAGGAAAACUAUAUUCCAGCAACCUUCCUACUGCUUCAGUGGUUAUCCCUUUUUUUGAAGAGCAUUGGGAGACUCUCCUACGCACAGUCGCAUCUGUUUUGAAUCGAGCUCCUUCAGGACUAAUCAAGGAAAUAAUUUUGGUUGAUGAUGGAAGCUCACGAAAAUAUCUGAAAGAUGAACUUGAUAAUCAUCUUGCAACUGCGUAUCCAAGUGGUAUAGUACGUGUAAUUCACCUGGAACAGAGGGGAGGUCUUAUUCGAGCGAAAACAGCAGGCGCCAGAGAAGCUACUGGAGAAGUGCUCAUUUUUCUGGAUUCUCAUUGUGAAGCAGGAAUAAACUGA